AUGUUUAGCAACAAGACGUAUCAGUAUGGCGGCGGGGACAUUGAGUCGGGAGGGCUGUUCCCGGGCAUCUCCGGCGAGGACCAAAUGCUGCGAACAGGCUUCAUCAGGAAGGUCUACGGCAUCGUUGCUGCGCAACUGACGCUCACGGCGCUCGUCGCGAUCUCCAUGAUGUCCAUCCGGCCCCUCCAAGAGGCCGUCCAGGGCUCCAUGGUCGUCGUCAUCGGCUCCAUGGUCGCCUCCUUCGCGCUCCUGAUCCCGCUGUACUGCUACCGGCAGCGCCACCCGCUCAACCUGGGCCUUCUCGCCGGGUGGACGCUCGCGCUCUCCGUGAGCGUCGGGCUCGCGUGCUGCCAGUACCCGGUGGCCGCGGUGGCCGAGGCGCUCGUCCUGACCGCGGGGAUCGUCGCGGGGCUCACCGCGUACACCUUCCACGCCACGCGCGAGGGCAAGGACUUCACCCCCUGGGGCCCCGCGCUGUUCGCGUCGCUCUGGGGGCUCGUGCUGUUCGGGUUCAUCCAGAUGGUCUUCCCCAUGGGCCCGCUCGGGCAGACGGUGUACAGUUUGAUCGGCGCGCUGGUCUUCAGUCUGUACAUUGUGUUUGACACCUUCCUCAUCGUGGCCAGGUUCUCCAUCGACGAGUACGUCUGGGCCAGCGUCAACCUGUACCUCGACAUCAUCAACCUCUUCCUGCGCAUCCUGGAGAUCCUGGGCCGGCGGGACUGA